CAGCAUUGUUUCAAUCGUAAACGUCAAAACGUCAGCAUUGGAGGGACCGUAAAUUAUUGUUAAUUCUUUAAUUCGCAGUGAUUUCUGUUUGUAGACCGUACAAAGUUUGAUAACUACAACUAAAUCUAGUUUAAGAAAAUACUUGAUCAAGUUUUGGUCUGACUGAAAAAUAAAUUAAUUCAUCAGUAUGGGAGUACCAGCAUUUUUUCGCUGGUUGUCACGAAAAUAUCCUUCAGUCAUUGUUGAAUGUGUGGAGCAAAAGGGCACGGAUGAUGAAGGUAACGUUUUUUACGAUGAUAUGUCUAAACCGAACCCGAAUAAGGUUGAGUUUGAUAAUCUUUAUCUGGAUAUGAACGGAAUUAUUCAUCCGUGUACACACCCGGAGGAUAAACCAGCUCCAAAGGAUGAGGAUGAAAUGAUGGUGGCUAUUUUUGAGUGCAUUGACCGUUUAAUGAAUAUUGUUCGACCAAGAAAGUUGCUGUAUAUGGCCAUUGAUGGCGUUGCUCCGCGAGCCAAAAUGAAUCAGCAGCGCUCUCGGCGUUUUCGCGCGUCUAAGGACACUGCAGAAAAAACGGCGGAAAUGGCCAAAAUACGCAGUGAGUUGGCUGCUAAAGGAUGCAUUUUGCCACCCGAAAAAGAAAAAGGAGCACAUUUUGAUUCUAACUGCAUUACUCCCGGCACACCAUUUAUGGAUAGACUGAGUAAAUGUUUGCAGUACUACAUACACGACCGGAUGAACAACAAUAUCGGUUGGAAGGGGCUUAAGGUGAUCUUGUCGGAUGCAAAUGUUCCAGGAGAAGGAGAACAUAAAAUUAUGGAUUACAUUCGGAAACAACGGGCCCAGCCAGAUCACGAUCCUAACACUCAUCACGUGCUCUGUGGAGCAGAUGCCGAUUUAAUCAUGUUGGGACUGGCCACUCACGAAACGCAUUUUACAAUUAUUAGAGAAGAGUUUGUGCCAUUCAAGGAACGUCCUUGUGAUAUUUGCCAGCAAAUGGGACACGAGAUGAAGGACUGUACUGGUCUGCAAUCGGAGCGCGAUUUGAAUCGAACGCCACCUCCUCCAGGCAAAGAGACGUUAUUUAUUUUUGUCAGAUUGAAUGUUCUUAAGGAAUACCUUCAGAAGGAACUGGAUAUGCCGAAUCUUCCGUUCCCAUACGACUUUGAGCGUGUCAUAGACGACUGGGUAUUUAUGUGUUUCUUUGUUGGAAACGAUUUUCUGCCGCAUUUGCCCAGCCUGGAAAUCCGCGAGAACGCAAUUGAUCGCUUGGUUACUCUCUAUAAAAAAUGUGUUUAUAAAACGAAAGGAUACCUGACAGAUUCAGGUACUGUUACGUUGGAUAGGGUAGAACUUAUUAUGACUGAUUUGGGAUACGCUGAAGAUGAAAUUUUUCGCAACCGAAAGGUUUCCGAGGAUCGUUUCAAGGAGCGUAACAAACGCAUGAAAAUGCAGAAAGAACGUGAGCAGCGACCCAAUUUUAACCAAAUUAACAACUCUCAAUUUUCUCCCACUCCAUUGGGAAGAGGCAUUACACCUCAAGCAAUUGUAAAUCCCCGUCAGGAAGCUGCACAUUUUCGUAUGCUUGGGUCUAAUCGGCAACAGCAAAAUAAUUUCACAGAUGAUCAAAACCGCCGUGGUCAAAAACGUAAAGCUGAAGAACCUGUUACCCAUGCAACUGGAACUGCUGAAGAAGAGGAGACUCCCGAUGAAGUACGGCUUUGGGAGGACGGUUUCAAAGAUCGUUAUUACGAGUCUAAAUUCGAUGUAAUGCCCAACAACAUCAAAUUUCGCCAAACUGUUGCUUGGGAAUACGUCCGUGGAUUGUGUUGGGUACUCAAGUACUACUACCAAGGCUGUGCGAGUUGGGAAUGGUAUUUUCCCUAUCACUAUGCUCCGUUUGCCUCUGAUUUUAAAGGGCUUGUUAACGUCAACACACAUUUCGAUAUAGGAACCCCGUUUAAACCAUUGCAGCAGUUGAUGGGAGUUUUUCCUGCCGCAAGUAGGAGUCACGUACCAGCCCCAUUUGCCGAACUGAUGGUUGAUCCGAAGUCGCCUAUUAUUGAUUUCUAUCCUAUAGAUUUCCAUAUUGAUCUGAAUGGAAAGAAAAUGGCAUGGCAGGGUGUGGCAUUAUUGCCCUUCGUCGAUGAAAAAAGGUUAUUCAAAGCUACGGAUCCAAGAGUACCAUUAUUGACAUUAGAGGAGCAAUUACGAAACGAAAAUGGUUUGGCUAGGUUGUAUUUGUCGCCUGGUCCAGAAACGUACAAACUAGUUAAAAAUAUGUACAGUGGUGACGUUGAUUAUGAGCGUGAAGUCCCCCUUCUGGUUGACUGUAUCCAGUGUCUAAUAAUCCCAACUAAGGAGAACGUUAAACAGGAUGGAGUGCUACCAUCGCCAAUUCCUGGUUUACAUCCGGUGUGCGAAAACAGGGUAUUGACAGUAAAAUAUCUUGAUCCGAAAUAUGCCGAUGGGUUCGUUUUUCCUGCGCGGAAGUUGGAGGGAGCUUGCGAUCAGCCCAAGGUAUUGGGGUCAAACGAAGGCCCUGUAGUAGGCUUUGGUCCACGGACGGAUAGAGCAGGUCUAGGUAAUGCUGGCCAUAGAAUGAUGAAUCACUAUACUGGUGCGAGCAGCAGAGGUGGCGGUCAUGGACGAGGUGGAAAUAACAACUUCAACAGGGGUGGAAAUAAUACCAGCGCUGGCAAUAGCAAUUCAGGAGCAACCCAUUCGUUCAUCGGGGGCAAUAACAAUUCAAACAAUUACAAUUCAACAAAUCCUAGCAAUGUUAAUCGUGGUAGUAGUAACAGUGGAGUUGGCGGUAUGAGUGUAUUCGAACAGUUAAGCAGUCGGAUCAAUCAGUACCAACAAGAGGUAAUGAGUGAGAUUUCACGAAACGCUAACAAUUCGGGAGUGAUGCUGCCGAACCCGUUUGCUAAUCAAAUUCGAUACGAUUAUAACUCGGCAAAUAAUUCGAACAGUGGUGGUUAUGGCAAUCGUGGUUACAAUCAAAAUCAACAGCGUGGUAGAAAUGCUUUUGGCAAUUUUAACAAUCACGGUUCUAAUCAGUUCCAACAGAGAAAUCAUGGAGGGGGUGGAAACCACAGGAACAAUAACUUUAAUCAAGGUAGCGGUAAUAAUAAUCGUUUUGGGCCGAAUAAUCCCAACCGAUUUAAUAAUAAUAGACGAAACUACUAGACACGUAUGACUACAAAAAGGUAAGUGAACAUCUUAGCACAGAGUUGAUGCUAUAAAUUCACUUUAUGCGUAUUUACCCAUUUUUAUAAGAAAUCAACCUGCCGCGAAAUGUGUUAACAUUUUGCAAUAAGUAGUAUCUUGAGUUUGAAGUAGGACACAUUGAUUAAGCCAGAAAUUAUAUAAAGGUGUGAACAACUGGAUUACAAAAGGUAGCGUCUUCUAAUAAGGUUAAUUUAAACUAAUGUGAGAAUAUCUUGGUGAAACUGCAUAGUUUAUUAUGCGUUAUCAAACUACCAGCUGAUACGAGAAAUAAGAUACUUAAAAUCUUA